CAUCAGCAACAGUUAGCAGUGCAUAGCUGUGCGGUUCAUGUUGUGAGUAAAGGACGCUAAAAAGCAGAAUGUCUGAACAAAGGAUAACUGUGACAGUCGCAUACGGAUCCACUAAGCACAGCAUCACACUACCAGGCCAAGAUGACGGCAAGGGUCCCACUGUUAAAGACCUGUCUGAUGCUCUCACUCAGGCCACUGGAGUCCCAUCUGCCUCACAGAAACUCAUCUUUAAAGGGAAAUCACUAAAAGACAUGGAGGAGAGUCUAUCCAGCUAUGGAGUUAAAGAAGGCUGCAAACUCAUGAUGAUUGGAAAGCGAAACAGUCCCGAGGAAGAAGCUGAACUGAGGAAGCUGAAAGACAUCGAGAAGUCUGUGGAACAGACAGCUAAAAAGCUGGAGAAGGUAGAUGGGGAGUUGACUGGCCUAAAAAAUGGCUUCCUGGCCAAAGACCUUCAAGCAGAGGCGCUGGGUAAACUGGACCACAGAGUGAAAAUAGCAGCUGAGCAGUUUAUGAAGAUCCUGGAGCAGAUAGAUGCUAUGAGUGUCCCAGAAAAUUUUAAUGACUGCAAAACGAAGAAAAAGGGCCUUGUAAAGACAGUGCAGGAUUUCCUGGCACAGUGCGACAAGAUCGAGGCUUGCAUAUCAGACCACCUAUCAAAGAUCCAGUCGAAAAACCUUGCCCUGGCAGAGUAGUUAGGUCUCCCUCAUCACGUGCUAUAUAUUGCUCUGUGAGCAAUUUCAAAGUAUACAGAGAGCUUCAGGUGUGAAGCUCAUCUUGGUUUAUUUAUUGUUGGUGUGAUGUGUAGGACAAAGUCUUCAUCACAAAAGUUCCUGUGAAAAGAAGGAUGCUGGCAACAGAUUGUCUGGAUUAAAGACAGGUAUGAAGUGUUGAAACCACAGACACUCUUUGAAAAGAUCAGAGGUGCUUUGACCUGCAGCAGAUUAUGUAGAUACCUUCAAACAUCCAGUCCCAAUGGUGAAGAGAAUCGCCAAUACCAAAUACCCAUGGAAAAUUCACCUGUGUGUCACCUGUUAUCUCUCAAACUGUACAAUAACAGAGAGAACAUGUUCUUCUCUCAGUGUGCACCUUAUGGCCAAAAGUAUAUGGACUUCCCAACAUUGUACCAUGUUGAAAUUCCAAAAUAAUACAGAUAAUCUACAUUAAUAGCUGCAUCCACUCUUGUGGGAAAGCUGUUUUCAAGAAUUUGCUAACUCUGUUCAGUCACAAGAGCAGUAGUAUGUUGAGUAAUAUUCUGUGGGGUUCUUGUCAAUCUCAAAUGUGUUGGAUGCGAUCAGAAGCUGGUCUCUGUGCAGGCCACACAAGUUCAUCCACGCCACCUGAACAUUCAACAUGGGGUUUGUUGAUGUGAGGGAAGGGAUCUACUUUAAACUAGGACUUAAAUCAUAUUUGAUCAUCACUGAGUAUUUUAACUUUGACUAAAAAUGUGAAACAUUUCCAAUGUCAGCCUUACACUAUUGAGCUUCUGCAGCUUUUCUUCAUAUCACAAAUGGAUAUCUUUGGAUUUUAGAGUGCCAGUCUCACAAAAGCAAUGUGGUGGCUUUUAAAAAUGUUAUAAGCAUUUUGGACAAUAUAAUUACAUUUUAUUGACCAAAGAAUAAAGUGAUUAAAAAAAGAAUAGUUUUUUUGUAGCCCUAUCCCAUAAAAUUAAAACAGCCUGCAGAUGACACGGUGCUGUCCACAUACUUUUGGUCAUAUGUUGCAUUUAUUAUUCUAAAUCAUCGACAAACUUUUGUUAAAUCUAGCAUCUGAUCCCAUGUGAUCAUAUGUCUUUGAAACUUGUGUGGAACUGUAAAUUGCUUUAAACCAUCACUCAGUCUGACACAUCAUAUCCAUGUUCCUUUGUUUUAAAAUAAACCUUUUUGAAAAGUGAA